AUGAAUUCCGUCCACCAAAUACGCAAUGCAGUGGCCAACAUCCAGGAUGAGCUACAGCGAAUAUUGGCAAGCUCGGAGGUCCUGCCUUUGGAGCACAAUCAUGUGGCAGAAGAAUUCAAGACGAAACUAAUAGGAGAGUUUAACACAAAACUUCGUGGGUUCAAGUCCAAGAUCCGCGUAUUGAAUGAAGAAAAUGCCCAGUUAAAAGAGCAAGUACGCGAUUUAGAACGUCAAUUGGACCGCAAAUCCGACGUUUCUAGGUUGACAAAGAGUGUGGGGAGCCUACCUAGGGGGCCAGACAUGGCACCUCCAAAGCGGCUACGAAAGAGUACUGAAAACGAGAAAUAUAACGGCGGACUUGCAACAAAAAGCCCUGAAUUGCCCCAUAAUUAUGACGAGGAAAGGGUUGAGAUCAUUUCGAGUCCAAUUAAGCCGCUGGACGGCCAAAAUUUAGGAAAACAUGAAAUCACAACAUUGGGUAGCAGAGACAUCACCAGUUCGCAAUUCAACCGGAUGCCCACACAGUACUCAGACACUAGUGAUUCAGCGCGGGAGAACCUUCACGUGGAUCUUGGCGCGACCAAAUUUGUGCAAUUGCAGCAUCCAGACGAUAAUGUUGAAGACAAUGUCGACGGUGAGUACGAGAUAGGAGAAGAGAAAGCAAAGAACAGACCAGAAGAUCAACAACUACCCAAAGAGAGGGCCAAGCAUGAUGAGCACAUCAAGAAACGAAAGAGACGUUCUAACGACUCAUUGGGAUCUUCGCCAAUCAAGGCCAUUUUCAUUGAGGAAGACGACCGAGUAGUAGCAGAUUCACAAGAUGAGUACGAACCAUUAGGCGGAAGACCAGCUGGAUAUCCACAGCACUACACUGCACUUCAACGCAUUGACUUUCUCCGGAAUUACUAUCGCAUGAAACUUAGCGACCUGCGGUACAGUGUUGAUCUCACUACUAAUCCGAUAACCGAAAAGCCGUGGGUGUUUGCCGAUUUCAAACCAAACGGCAAUUGGACCAGGCCAAAACAUUUACACAGCCAUGUUGGAGUAAUGACAAAGGCACAAGAGCGUGCGUAUACGCGAUUUUUCCAAGAGGCUGGUCAUGGUGUGAAAGGAGGGGGGCCACAGUGGGAGCAAGAAGGAAGCGGGAGAGAAGGACCAAUUGGAGGCGUAAUCGAAAGAGGUGGAAGGGAAAAAUAUGAAAAAGAAAGUAGAGAGGGAGAUAGAAUUGGAAGAAAUACGAAAGGAGACCAGAAACAUGCAACUCUAGCAGAUGAGUUCCAUGAUUCCUCAGACAAUUGGAGCGAAAAAGAAAACUCACAGGGCAGCGACCAAUGGAUCAAGUCCCAAAUAAUGGACAAAUACCUGUCUCCACCAGGGUAUAUGGUUGCGCUGUUCCCAUCCACACAGCAGCAGCAACAAAAUAAGCAAAUGGUGGCUAACAAGAGUCGUCAUCGAUUACAGCGCCGAGUAGACAGUGCUUUGUCGCAGGGCGAGUUCGUUUUCUACGAGGAGGUGUUAAACACUUAUGUUGCGGAGGGCCGGUACACGAAAGGAAGCUAA